AUGCGCAAUAACAAUAACAUUACUAAUAAAAAAGUUGCUGCUGAGCAUAAAUAUAAAACUGUUGAUGAAAUUUGUUCAGAAACAAAUUUAUAUCUAAUUCUUGGUAGAUCAAGAAUUUGUCAUCCUGAUAAAUUUCCAGAAUAUCCAAAAGCAACAGAAGCAUUUCAAAAACUUUCGUAUGCCUAUGAAACAUUGAAUAAAUCAUCCUCAAGACGUGCUUAUGAUAUAUCAGGCACAAGUGAUUUAGGUAGUGUAAGCGGGACGGGUGAUGAUACAUUACAUGGAGUAUUAUAUCAAUUAUUCUUAGAAUUCAUGGACGGCGAUUUUGAAAUGAUUCGUUCUUUAGUUAAUGCAUUAAAUGAAGGUAAUCCUGGAUUAAAUCUGGGUGAAGAUGCAAUUGAAACACUAGAAACAGCAUUCGGAAGAAUGAGAGAAAUACUUUUAGCCGGUAAAAAAUAUGUUAAAAUUGUACAAUUUGAGUUGAUCAGAUUAUAUGAACUCCAGCAACAACUUCGAUCAUUAUCAUAUUUUGAUAUUUUUGGUCGUAUAAGAUUAACGAUGCAAUUGGCUCGUAUAACACUUUCCAUACCAAUGCUGAUUGAUUCGGCGAUGAAAUCCGAAUUUAAGCAAUUGGGUAGCAAAGGUAUCAAUAAAGGACUUCUAGGAGACGGUUUGGCUAAAGUAAUUUCUGGUUUAGUCAAUGUCCUAGAAAAAGGAGAACAAUACUUAUGA